AUGGAUUUUGUAGCAUUCCUCCACGAUCUCGACCAUAGGAAACAAUGGAAAAUUCAUCAACUUCACGGAGGCCUCGUAAACUUUACCGUCAGGGCCACUGAAUCAUACACGAUGUUUAGUGAUGACCAGGAUACUGCACCACGACUCGAUCUCUCAGGUUACCACUCAUUAAUUCUAAAGCACGCACCUCCGUACAUUGCAAGUGUUGGUAGUGAAGCACCCUUUUCUCAAAUGCGACAGGUUGUCGAAGCACGGGCUCUCGCGUAUCUUGGUGCUAUCAACUUUCCAGAGCAACUCUGCAUCCCUCGUCUGGUCCAUCAUGAUCCCGAUCAGUUUGUGCUCGUGAUGGAGGACCUGGGCGACCUCAUCAAUCUGGAGCAGCAAUUAUCACGACAGGAUGAAGCAGCGAACCAAGAGGGAGAGCAGCUUGACCUUGCGAACCAACUCGGGAUAUCACUCGCACAACUUCAUUCUGUCCCUGUGGGUCGGGCACUGGGCGAAUCGCUAUAUAAUCCAGAUGCGCGAAAGGUCGUCUUUGAACUAGCCGUCAAGUCAAUCGCCUCGAGACUCGAAACUCAUGGAAUUUCAGACUAUGGACUAUUGGCAGAACGAUGCGCGCAGCAUUUUGUAUUCACUCAAUCCGUCUGUUCAGACCCAGACAAUACGAGCGCGCUUUUGCCCGUGUUCUCGAUGGGUGAUCUGUGGCCACCAUCCAUUCUGGUCGACAAUGCUCGGAACCGGCUCGGCCUCGUCGACUGGGAAUUUGCAGGCCCGUCACUCCCAUUGGCAGAUCUUGCCCAGCUCGCCGCACAUCUCCAGGUUUACUCUCUCAAGCGUUCGUCAUCGCACGCUCCUAAAUUUUUACGACAGUUGAUCAAAAGUUAUGCCGAAAAGAGUGUUGAGCUUGGGGCUCCAUGGGCCGAACCAUCGCGGCUUCAGGUAGCACUGCGUGCAGCAGUCAUCCUCCAUGGUCGAGAAAUCGUCAAUGUCUCCAUCGAGAGAGUGAGAAGAGGAUGCGACUAUCUACGAUGGGCUGGUGAUACACCAAAGGAUCUCGAUGUCGAAGCUCUGCUGGAACUACAAGAAGCUUGUACCCAUGCAAUCAUCACAAUAUUCAGGGGUUUCACGCCCACGGUGUCAGGAGAAGAUGCAUAUGCAUAG